AUGAACACACCGCAAUCGGAAGUGUCGAGCUCGGAGGAAGUUGAAGAGGUUCUUCCAGUCUUUGUGUCUGCUAUCAGCAACCCAUCACCCCUUUUAUACUUCCACCAUGUCAUCGACCCCGAUACCACAAAGCUCACAGCUCAAGUUCUCGGGGCUAACAUCUCCUUCGUCUUCAGCCAUCGUCGAGCAAAGAACUUUCUCUGUAGAUCCUCGAUUGAAGCACAACUCGAAAACAAAACCACAGGGUUCGUUUCCAUUGUGUCUGCAACAUCUCGCCGUGUUGUCUUAGCAGCAGCUGAAUCAGGUCAUGGUCUUGGAAAAUACGGCGAUGUGUUGGACAAGAAGAAAGGCAUUCUUCCAAAUAGUAUUUGGACCAGGCGAGUCGUGUCCAUGGGUAAGGCCCUUGGUAUGAACAUGAGAAGUCCGUUUGACGACCCCACCGGCUGCAGAAGGGGAAACAUGGAGGGUAUCUUUCGCGGGUCUCACGUUGAAGUUAAACUCGCCGUUCAUGGUAUCUGCGUUCUCCUUCAGACUUUCGAAAUCACAAAAGACUUUAACAACGUCACGAUGAAGCAACUGAACCAACUUCGACAAGCUCGCUGGGAAGAUGGGUCUCGACCAGUUCUCGAAGUGUAUUUCUCCAGAAAGUAUUGCAAACCCUGCAAGUCUCUUGUGCAGAAAUUGCAAGAUGCCACUGGAGUUACCAUCAGACUUGUAUGGAAGCCUCGCCUCGUGAUGAAGAAGUACAUCAUCAGGCCAAUUGAUAGAAACCGAAAACCUGGCGAGCCUCUACAAGCACAGGAGUUUGAGCCUCAAGACUACGACUUUGGAGACGUUCUACCUGAUGAUUCUGACAUAGAAGUCAUAUCCGACGACGAGGAUGCCAAAGAAGAGGUUGACAAGAUUGACCUUACCCACAUUCGAUCGACUUCACCAAUUUCAUGGAAUCAAGAGAUCGAUGAUUAUCUGGAUGGUCUCGCUUAUAGAGUAGGCCAGAUGCAAGACUGCCCAGAAGGUGCCAGAUCAGCCAUCGUCGAGUUUGCCAGUAUCAGAGUCAACGCCAAGAAGUCUCUCGAUGCUGCAAAAGUCAGCAAGCCCCUACCAGCGACGCCGGUUAUAGAAGCACCAGCAGAUUUCCUCGAGGGUGAUGAUCGACAGCGGCAACGACAUACGUUUCCUUACGCCGGGCACAGUCAGUCAGAGACCGCUCACCACGAAGAUACAAUCCGGGGCCAUUGGGACGCCAUGCGACGGAAGCUCCUCAAGGGAGGUCUUCGGCUAAAGCCACUUCACUAUGUCGCUCUAUUCGUUGAUUCAACGUCACCAGAAGACGAAGAGGUGCUCUACGAGAAUUCUUAUACAGAUGAAGCAUAUGGCAACUAUCUGAGUGCUGUUGAAGGACAAAGAAACUAUGUCAAGGCACCACAAAGUUUUUGGAAGGCUGAAGCCAACAAUGUCUGUGUGAGAUCAAGAAUCUACUAUACUUCUCAAACCGCGAAACGAGAGGAUACUGCAAAGAUCUAUCACGAAAGGGGGCACAUUUGUCAGAAGAUCACAGGAUCGAUGUAUUAUCAAGUUCAUGAUUUCACAGCAUUAUCUUAG